GGUUGAUGUUUUGAGUUGAAACAGCCACAAUGGAUGGUUUCAAACUUGUGUUUAUUUUGUUGUUGUAUCACCAGUUUUUACUCAAAGGGCAAACUUCUCCGGUGAGAGAUAAAGCUUACAAGAUUGAUGUUAAGCAAGACGUUCUGGGGAGUCAAGGUAACCAAAUGCCCAUUCCUUAUCAAGUGAACAACCAAAAUCCAAGACCAGUGAUCGCAAAGUGCAACAUGGCAGUUCUGCUGUCUAUAAAGAAUGCAUCAGGGCUAGUUAUUCAAAAAGGUAUUGAAGGGUCAGUGUUGGCAGGCAACCCUGGCCAACACAACCCUCAGCCCCAGCCAGAGGGUCCCAGCCCUGGCCACCCGGAGCCCCAGCCGGAGGGUCCAGUCCCUGGUCGCCCAGAGCCCUCUCCUCAUCCCCAGCCGCAGGGUCCUGUCCAGCCCGAGGGUCCCGUCCCAGGCGGUCCUGAGCCCUCUCCCCAUCCCCAGCCGCAGGGUCCCUUCCAGCCAGAGGGUCCCAGCCCUGGCCACGAGGAGCCCCAGCCGGAGGGUCCAGUUCCUGGUCGCCCAGAGCCCUCUCCUCAUCCCAAGCCGGAGGGUCCCAUCCCAGGCGGCCCAGAGCCCUCUCCUCAUCAUCAGCGUCCCGUCCCAGGUGGCCCAGAGCCCUCUCCUCAUCCCAAGCCGGAGGGUCCCAUCCCAUGCGGCCCAGAGCCCUCUCCUCAUCCGCAGCGUCCCGUCCCAGGCGGCCCAGAGCCCUCUCCUCAUCCCCAGCCGCAGGGUCCCGUCCAGCCGGAGGGUCCCGUCCCAGGCGGCCCAGAGCCCUCUCCUUAUCCCCAGCCGCAGGGUCCCGUCCAGCCUGAGGGUCCCGUCCCAGGCCGCCCAGAGCCCUCUCCUUAUCCCCAGCCGCAGGGUCCCGUCCCAGGCGGCCCAGAGCCCUCUCCCCAUCCCCAGCCGCAGGGUCCUGUCCAGCCCGAGGGUCCCGUCCCAGGCGGUCUUGAGCCCUCUCCCCAUCCCCAGCCGCAGGGUCCCGUCCAGCCUGAGGGUCCCGUCCCAGGCCGCCCAGAGCCCUCUCCUUAUCCCCAGCCGCAGGGUCCCGUCCCAGGCCGCCCAGAGCCCUCUCCUUAUCCCCAGCCGCAGGGUCCCGUCCCAGGCGGCCCAGAGCCCUCUCCUCAUCCCCAGCCGGAGGGUCCCGUCCCAGGCGGCCCAGAGCCCUCUCCUCAUCCCCAGCCUCAGGGUCCCAUCCAGCCUGAGGGUCCCGUCCCAGGCGGCCCAGAGCCCUCUCCUUAUCCCCAGCCGCAGGGUCCCGUCCAGCCUGAGGGUCCCGUCCCAGGCCGCCCAGAGCCCUCUCCUUAUCCCCAGCCGCAGGGUCCCGUCCCAGGCGGCCCAGAGCCCUCUCCCCAUCCCCAGCCGCAGGGUCCUGUCCAGCCCGAGCGUCCGGUCCCAGGCGGUCCUGAGCCCUCUCCCCAUCCCCAGCCGCAGGGUCCCGUCCAGCCUGAGGGUCCCGUCCCAGGCCGCCCAGAGCCCUCUCCUUAUCCCCAGCCGCAGGGUCCCGUCCCAGGCCGCCCAGAGCCCUCUCCUUAUCCCCAGCCGCAGGGUCCCGUCCCAGGCGGCCCAGAGCCCUCUCCUCAUCCCCAGCCUCAGGGUCCCAUCCAGCCUGAGGGUCCCGUCCCAGGCAGCCCAGAGCCCUCUCCUCAUCCCCAGCCUCAGGGUCCCAUCCAGCCUGAGGGUCCCGUCCCAGGCGGCCCAGAGCCCUCUCCUCAUCCCCAGCCUCAGGGUCCCAUCCAGCCUGAGGGUCCCGUCCUAGGCGGCCCAGAGCCCUCUCCUCAUCCGCAGCGUCCCGUCCCAGGCGGCCCAGAGCCCUCUCCUCAUCCCCAGCCUCAGGGUCCCAUCCAGCCGGAGGGUCCCGUCCCAGGCGGCCCAGAGCCCUCUCCUCAUCCCCAGCCUCAGGGUCCCAUCCAGCCUGAGGGUCCCGUCCCAGGCGGCCCAGAGCCCUCUCCUCAUCCCCAGCCUCAGGGUCCCAUCCAGCCUGAGGGUCCCGUCCCAGGCGGCCCAGAGCCCUCUCCUCAUCCCCAGCCUCAGGGUCCCAUCCAGCCGGAGGGUCCCGUCCCAGGCGGCCCAGAGCCCUCUCCUCAUCCCCAGCCUCAGGGUCCCAUCCAGCCGGAGGGUCCCGUCCCAGGCGGCCCAGAGCCCUCUCCUCAUCCCCAGCCUCAGGGUCCCAUCCAGCCUGAGGGUCCCGUCCCAGGUGGCCCAGAGCCCUCUCCUCAUCCGCAGCGUCCCGUCCCAGGCGGCCCAGAGCCCUCUCCUCAUCCCCAGCCGCAGGGUCCCGUCCAAGGCGGCCCAGAGCCCUCUCCUCAUCCCCAGCCUCAGGGUCCCAUCCAGCCUGAGGGUCCCGUCCCAGGCCGCCCAGAGCCCUCUCCUUAUCCCCAGCCGCAGGGUCCUGUCCAGCCACAGGGUCCCGUCCCAGGCGGCCCAGAGCCCUCUCCUCAUCCCCAGCCGCAGGGUCCCAUCCCAGGCGGCCCAGAGCCCUCUCCUCAUCCCCAGCCGCAGGGUCCCGUCAAGCCGGAGGGUCCCGUCCCAGGUGGCCCAGAGCCCUCUCCUUAUCCCCAGCCGCAGGGUCCCGUCCAGCCACAGGGUCCCGUCCCGGGCGGCCCAGAGCCCUCUCCUCAUCCCCAGCCACAGGGUCCCGUCCCAGGCCGCCCAGAGCCCUCACCUCAAUCCCAGCCGCAGGGUCCCGUCCAGCCGGAGGGUCCCGUCCCAGGUGGCCCAGAGCCCUCUCCUCAUCCCCAGCCUCAGGGUCCAGUCCAGCCUGAGGGUCCCGUCCCAGGCCGCCCAGAGCCCUCUCCUCAUCCCCAGCCUCAGGGUCCAGUCCAGCCUGAGGGUCCCGUCCCAGGCCACCCAGAGCCCUCUCCUUUUCCCCAGCCGCAGGGUCCCGUCCAGCCGCAGGGUCCCGUCCCAGGCGGCCCAGAGCCCUCUCCUCAUCCCCAGCCGCAGGGUCCCGUCCCAGGCGGCCCAGAGCACUCUCCUCAUCCCCAGCCGCAGGGUCCCGUCCAGCCGGAGGGUCCUGUCCCAGGCGGCCCAGAGCCCUCUCCUCAUCCCCAGCCGCAGGGUCCCGUCCAGCCGGAGGGUCCCGUCCCAGGCCGCCCAGAGCCCUCUCCUCAUCCCCAGCCGCAGGGUCCUGUCCAGCCGGAGGGUCCCAGACCUGGCCGCCCAGAGCCCAAGCCAGAGGGGCCCAGCCCUGGCCAUUCUGAGACCCAUCCCCAGCCAGAGGGGCCCAGACCUGGACAUUCUGAGCCCCAUCCUCAGCCAGAAGGGCCCAGACCUGGUCACCCUGAGCCCUAUCCCCAGCCAAGGGGCCCCAGCUCUGGCCAGCCUGAGCCUCAUCCCAGCUCACAGCAUCCCAACCAUGAGCUGAAAGAACAGCACUCCAAGCAGCGGCCUGUUGUCACCUGCUUAUUAUCACCACAAUGUGCUUUUGCUGUUAAGUCACUUCUUGGAUCUCUUCACUAAAUCUGCUGUUUUUAUACCCAUGUGGCUUUUACAGUUUACCCAAAUAAAAACCAGUUUUCUCUGGAUUGUUAUAAAAUUUUUUGUUGCCUGACAGUACUACACUACUUAAGCUUGCAUCUGCUUGGGUCAUCACUAAAUUGAUUUAAGUUUUUUUUUCCUAUUUGUGUGGCGUGCUGCUAUGUGAUCAUGACAGCACACCGCACAUCAACAAAAACAAGUCUUGAUUGAGCAAUGGUCAC